CUUUCAACAUUUUCAGUGGCCAGUGAUGAUGCUCAAGAAAGACUAGAAACUCCAGGUAGAGAAAUGUCUGGAUAGAAAUUCUGCCCUGCAUUCUAUUUAGCCUUCCUUUGCAAGUCUGUUGUAUUACCAGUAGAUGGCGUCAGCAUGAAAACUUCAGAAAUGAAAUUUCCCCCGAAAAUCCAAAUUUCCCACCAGUCUUACGUCACUGACCCCCGCCUCGUGUCAAAUCGAGUUUAGAGGGAUGCCUGACAGCACGAGACAAACUAGCUAGCCUGCUGAGAAAGAAUAGCCGUUUUAUUGUAACGCUUUGAACAAUCUUAGGUGGGGACAUACCGAGAAGACGUCGGACUUACUGUUUGGAUUUUAAAACACUUCACUGCUCAAGACCUAUUUCGUGACCCGAGCUGCUUUUAAUUUUUAAGAUGUACAUUUGACGACCCUCCUGAGGACAUUUCUGACCUGCUGAAGUUCUGUGUGGAGGGGGGGGGGGGUUCCGUCCCGGUUCUGGCAACAUGAGCUGGGCAGCAGAUGACUGGACGUCGGGCCUGACGGGCCGGGUCCUGCAGAAGGUGCGUGAGCUGCAGGCCCAGCAGGAGCGCCUGAGCCGCGAGAGGCAGCAGAAGCAGCUGCAGCUGGACAACGCAGAGGCCGCCCUCCAUAAGCACAAGCUCAAGAGUGAGGAUGUGCGCACGGAGCUGGUGGCCGUGCAGCGGGAGCUGGCGGGGGUGCGGGAGCAGGCGCAGGGGGAGGUGCGCGCGCGCGAGCGGCAGGCCCAGGAGUCGCAGGCCCGGCAGGCGCUGGUGUGCAGCCUGGAGGGCCAGCUGGAUGCGGCCCACACGCUCACCAACAACCUCACCAAGGAGAUCAAGAGACUGGAGGCAGAGCUGGAGAAACUGCAGAGAGGAAACGGCUCUGGGGACUCCAUGUUAUUUUCCACCCCCUGCUGGAACAUGGCAUCACCCUGGGAGCACAACAGUUCCAAACUGGACGACAGACCGGCCCAUCGCGGAGUGGGAGAGGGCAGAAUUGCGCAUGUCAGACAGCAGCUUCAGUUCUCUGACGGCCCCAGAUGCGCCAGUGGAGGAGCCCCAUCGCCGUUCCCCCAGCAACCGCACAAAGCCACGCCCACCCAUGGGCCCAUGCGUCACCCAGACACCUCCACUCCCUCCUCAAUGUUUCCGUGGGAACGGGAUGACAAGAGGUCCGUCCCCAGGGGGAGAGCAGCCUCCUCUGUGGCCCCCAGUGGCGAGGUCAUCACCAAGGGCCAGGAGGCACCAGGGGAUUGUGGGAUGGAAGAGGACCUCAGAAAGGAGAGAGAUGACACAGCCCAGAAGUCUAUGAUCCAGGAGCUGCAGACGUGGGUGCAGUCUCUGGAGAAGGACCUGCGGGCCGAGGCGGAGCGCUACCGGGAGAGCGAGGCGCGGCUGGGCGAGGCGAAGCGCGAGCUGGCCGGCAGGGAGCAGAGUCUGAUGCGCUCCAAAGACGAGCUGGGCCGUGCCCACACCCUCGUCGGCCAGGAGAGGGACCGGGCCCAGGCCUCUGAGCUGCGGGUGAAGCAGCUGCAGGAGGAGCUGAAGUGCCAGAGGCAGAAUGCCGAGACCACCCGCUGCCAUGGCGACCAGAAGAGGAAGGAGAUGGAGAGAGGGCACCAGAGGGAGCUGCUGGAGCUGCAGAAGGAACGCCAGGCUCUGGAGCGCCAGCACCAGCAGGAGAGCCUCAAACUCAACCAGGAGAUCCAGCAGGCCAGGACUCUACACAACACACUACAGUCACAGUAUGACAAGCUGGCCCUGCAGAAGAAAGCUGUGGAGUGUGAGCUGGAGACUGCCAAAGGGACACUCAAGGGCACCGAGUCUGAGCUCCAGGAGACCAAGAAGAAAGAGGCCCAGACACAGGCCAAGCUAACGGAGGCGCUGAGAGACAGUGAGAGCCUCUCCGUGACCGUUGAGCAGCUAACGAGAAAGGAGAGGAGCCUGGGAGAGGAGGUGAAGAAACUGUCAGAGGAGCUGGCUGACGCGCUACGCCGCCUUAAAGAACUGCAAGACCAACCCCCUGCUCCUGCUACACUUCUAGUGUCCCCCCAGUACUCUUCCUGUGGCGGCGAGAGUUUCAGCCCAGCUCCUCCCCAAGCACAAACCCAUAAAAAGAAAGCACUCAAAGUGGACAGACCCAAGAGGAGGUGAACCAGAGGG